CUUUGAAAUAACCACAUCCUGUUGUGCUGAGCACUUGUCUCUGGCAAAGCGGAGGCUGCUAGGAGGGUGAUGGAGGCCUCGAGGGAACAAAGGAUGUUCCUUGUGCUGGUCCUCCUGUUCUUGGGCCGAACCGAGCAAGCCACAGAGAGUUCUCCACAGCAAGGUAACCCACUCCCUACGGGCUGGGAGCUCCCUACCCCUGCUGGCUGUCAGGGGUUCUUCAGCUGUGAUUUCUGCAUUGCAGGGGGUGGGAUGAAAUGACCCGUUGGGUGCCUUGCGACUCUGAGAUUCUAUGAUUCUAAGAGGAUGAAUGCAGCAACCUCUAACCCACAUUCUACCUGUUCCUCAAUACUUUCUGCAAUGUUGGGGAACGUCCCCUGAGCUGCAAAAAGCUACAUUCAGGUCUUAUCAGUUCUUAUGGCUGUGAAUCCAUAGCUUGCUUUCUUUUGUGUCCAUAAACAGCUGUUGCACUUAUAAUGGUAAAACCACAGGGAAAUAUUUCCUAAAGAUUGCCAGUAGGUGGGGCUGGAAUGUCAGGCAAGAACAGGGAAUGAUUUCCACUUAACAACCACUUUCUUUUUGCCCUCGCUGAGUUGGACAUAAAAUUAACAGGGUGUCGUUGUUGUCAGUGCUUUCUUGUAAUAAUAAUAAUAGUAAUAAUAAUUAAUAAUAAUAAUAAUAAUAAUAAUAAUAAUAAUAGUUUAGGGGUACUCUCAUUUUGACUCAAGAAAAUCACCAUUUUAUAGUUCAAAUCGGGGGAAAUAAAUGCAGUAAAUGGACAAAAGUACAAAGAUUCAUAAAAAAAUUAGGGGUAUGCGUACCCCUGCGUACCCCCAGGAAAAAAGCACUGGUUGUUGUUGUUGUUUUGAGACAAAUGUACACGUCUAGGUUAGGGCUGCCUACAUAUACAUUUUUCCACACAAGCAGGCAUCAGAAACAGUACAACAGCCUGCCUGAUAUUAAUAAGCAGCAAGUUCCUGCCAGUAGUUGCUGCCAUGCCUGAGAUCAUUUCCUUGCAAGUAAGGAAUGAAUAUUAUGUAGCACUUUUUGCAACAUACAUAAAAGGUUAAUAUACAAAAAUACAAUAAAUAAUGGAUGUCCAUUGGAACAGUAAUUAGCACUAGUAUUGUUGAGAGUGGCCUUCAACUAAGUUUUACUCAGAAUGGCCCCACUGAGAUUAAUGGACCUAACUUAGUCAUGUUCAUUAAUUUCAGUGGGUUCACUCUCAGUAAAACUUAGUUGAAAGUCACCUAUUACAGUAUUUGUUUCAUUUAUGAAUCAUUUAUGAAUCACUGACUGCGUUGCAUCUUGAAGCUAUUUAACAAAUUUUAACAACUUAGUAAAAAAUAUAUGUAAAACAACUGCAUGUUUAGAAACGGUAAAAAUGAUUGCCUGUACCAUAAAAACAAUUUAAAAUCCAAUGCAGAUACCAACUUCUAAUCCGUUCAUCCACAGUCACCAGUUAAGAAGUAAAUAUCUCCUUCCCUCUCCCAACCAAAAAUGUCCUGGUGUACUUUCCGACAGGACUAACUGAUGAAAUACAACCAACUCAGAUUGGGUAGCAAAAGUAAAGUGUUCACAAGAACUGUUGGGGUGGUGGUGCUGAAUAUUAGCCAUUCCUGAGCACUGGGCAAUUUAACCAUUUACUUGAAGGAUCACCCAGCCCCAGAUGGGACUUCUUGACUGGUUUGAUUUGCGGAACUGGCACUAUCGAAAGUGUCACAUAAAGUUUGUUCUGCACUUGCAAGAAAUUUAUUUUUUGGUGCAGCAGCAGCUGCACUCUGGAAUCCCUGCCUACUAAUACAAGGCACAUAUCUUUGUUGGAUUGUUUUUGACGCCUGUCAAAAUCCAUUUUUUGCAUAGGGAAGCCUACCUGGACAUGCAAUCUUAUUAUGCACAUAUGAUUUUCAUAACUGCUGAUUUCAUCUGUGCUCUGUUGUUUAUCAAAAGCGCACUCUUCUGCUUGUGUGGCUUAUUGCCUUUUUUUAACUUAACAUUUUCAGGUAAAUCGCUUUAGGGCAGGGGCGAGACUAGGCUUUUUUUCACACACCCCCACACAUUUGUGUGCACACAAACACACAGGCUGGAAGCCUCAAUGGUGCCUCUCUGGAGGCUACACCCGAGGCAAAAAUCCUGGCUAGCCACCCCCCACCCUAGCUUGGGGAUUAUUCUUAUUUAUUAAUUUUAGUUAUAUAUUUAUGUUUAUAAAUAAAUGGGCAAACAAAUGAUCCAGCCCCAUUUCAACUGAACGAUGUGGCAUGGUCUGUGCCUCAUGUUGUAUGUGUAGAGGUAACUUUGCUGGAGAGGUGUAGGACAGGUUUUGUUUCAGGAAGGUUUGGUGGGCAGUGAACACAGCAUGGCUUCCUUCAGAGCAGGGCUGGGCUGGGGACUUAGGCCUGGGGUGGGGGGCGAAAUGCAGCUCUCUGGGCCUCAUGGAUACCCCCCCCCCCAGUCCCAGCUUCCAUGAGGCCACAUUGCUCACUGGCUUUGCUUCUUGAAUGUUUUUGCUUGGCUGGAAUGUUUCCUCCAUCUCUGAAAAUGCCUCUUCCUUCCCUAGAUGGGGGGAAAGAGGGAGGGGUGGUAGUGGUGGGGUGUGUGGUGUGUGGUGUGUGGGUAUGUGUAGAAACCAGCAUAUUGCAGUAUAUAAAAGUGAAAUCUGACAUUCAUUGCUCCAUCUACUUUUGCCUGUGGCCUGUGGUUCCGCCCCUGGCAGAACUGUCCAGACUGCGCCCCCAGCCACGGACAAAUUAGCUCUUCUUUCCACCUCUCCUCCAACCCUUCCACCCAUUCAAUUCACCUUCUAUUUAAAACAAUUUAUUAUGAGGCAAUGAUUGAUAUUGUUAUUUAUGAACUUAUUUUUAGUCGUUUUUGCACCCCCAUUGCCUGUGCCCCUGGCGGGAGUCCACCUCACCCCCCCCCCAGCUAUGGCCCUGCCUGUGGCCCCACCCACCACUGGGGAUUUGGCCCCCAGGGUGUUGCCCUGAAUGGAAUGUGGCCCUCAGGCUGAAACAAACUUCCCCACCCACAUCAAGACUCACUCAUGGAAGGUCCUCUCUUGCAGACCUGGAGUGCAUCGUCUUCGAUUAUGAAUACAUGGACUGUGACUGGGGCAGCAAACAGAAGCCUGCCGGAAACUAUUCCCUCUACUACUGGUAUGUGCCUUCCUUGCGCCUUGCUUCUCUGCUCUACAGGAACGGCUUUUGUCCAAGCUUCAGCGAAUGCACCACCAACCUCUCCCGGCCUUCCUCUUUCUUGGGGAGCUUCUUCCAACCCUGAGUCAGACUACACUGGGGACCAAAUUAACAGAACAGCAUAAGAAGAGCCCUGCUGGACCCGGUCAGGGGCCCGUCUAGUCCAGCAUCCUGUUCUCACAGUGGCCAAGCAAAUGCCUGUGGGAAACCAAAAAGCAGGAUCUUAGCACAAGAGCAGCACUCUCUCCUUCUGUGGCUUCCAGAAACUGGUAUUCUAAAACAUCACUGCCUCCAACCAUGAUGCAGUAGAACAUAGUCCUCAUGGCUAGUAGUCAUCAAUAGCCGUCUCCUCAAUUAAUUUGUCCGGUCCUCUUUCAAAGCCAUCCAAGUUUUGCUCUUUUCUCUAAACCAAAAAGUCCCAAAUGUUGAAACCUUUCCUCAGAGCAAGGAUUCCUCACCUGGGAGAGAGAACAACGGCUGCUGGUUCAUUAGGGUGAAUUGGGCACUGGCCCUCCAACCUCAGUCUACCUAUAGCCAGCCCCUAUCUGCCUGCCUUAUUACAUACCAUUCCAUUAUUAUUAUUAUUAUUAUUAUUAUUAUUAUUAUUAUUAUUUUAUUUAUAGCCCCUCCAUAUGACUGGGUUUCCCCAGCAACUCUCGGUGGUUUUCAACACCUAUAAAAACAUAACUAAACAUAAAACAACUUCCCUAUCUAGGGCUGCCUUCACAUGUCUUCUAAAGGUUGUAUAGUUCCCUAUCUCUUUGGCUUGGCAGUUGUGUAACUCCAUACCCUCCAACAUUUCUCCAGUGAAAAUGGGGAUCUCCUAAGGAAAAGUGGGCUAUUCCAGGACCAAAGAAGAAACAGGGGUGGCUUCUGUAAAUCCGGUACUGUCUCUGGAAAACAGGGACACUUGGAGGGUCGGUUAUUACACACAACCACCCCAAGGGGUGGCCCUGCCUGUCAGCUGCCUCCUCUUAAUCUCAGUGUCAGCUUCUGUGCAACACAGCAGGAAAGAGGGCAGAGACAGAACCAGAACAGUGGGCUCUGCCAGUUACUGCCUCUAGCUCUAGCUCCUGUUGGCCUCCCAGCCUUCUGCCCUAGCAUAGACACACCCACCCAGGUUAGCUCCUUAGGGUAAAUGGGGUUCUGCCCCACCGACACCUGCCCUCAUCUCUCUCUUGGAAUUUGAGCAUCCGUUUUGUAACAUUUCCUUGACAUCUGGUGGGAGGGCGUUCCACAGGGCAGGCACCACUACCAAGAAGGCCCUCUGCCUGGUUCCCUGUAACCUCACUUCUUGCAGUGAGGGAAUCGCCAGAAGGCCCUCAGAGGUAACGAUGGAGGUGGAGACGCUCCUUCAGGUAUACUGGGCUGAGGCCGUUUAGGGCUUUAAAGGUCAGCACCAACACUUUGAAUUCUGCUUGGAAAUGUACUGGGAGCCAGUGUAGGUCUUUCAAGACCGGUGUUAUAUUGUCUCUGCGGCCGCUCCCAGUCACCAGUCUAGCUGCCACAUUCUGAAUUAGUUAUAGUUUCUGGGUCACCUUCAAGCAGCCUGUCCACAUCCUCAGAGGUAACAGAUUGGAAUUAAUCCCAUGCAAUUUGACUAGACAGGAGUCUAGCACUCUCCCACCCUGGCUCUGUACCCACAGUGGAGUCUACCUUUUUUUGAAUCUGAGCUACUUUAUCUGCAAAAAACCCCUAUCUAUGGCUUUUAGAAGACAUCUGAAGGCAGCCCUGUAUCAGGAAAUUUUAAAAGUCUAAUGUUUUACAAUUUUUUAUGUGCUGUAAGCCACCCAGAGUGGCUGAGGAAACCCAGCCAGAUGGGUGUGGUAUAAAAAAAUAUUAGUAUUAGUAUUAGUAUUCAGAGGCAUGUUCCACCUGGGCUAGAAGACAAACAACACAGGGCUGUCCUCAAGGUAUUCAGGUUCUGAACUGCAGUUCUCUGAUGGUGUUGAAAAGGACUAACCCCAAGCCUCAUUUUGUUUAGGUAUGAGUCUGACAAAGAAAAGCAGUGUGAGAUUUACCUCCAGAGUGGUGAUAUUAACACUGGAUGCCGCUUCCGUGAGAUUAAACUGUUUAAAUACUUUCACAUUUAUGUCAACACAAGUGACGGUACGAAGGUUUUCCAAAAAGAAAUGCAGUUGCAGAACCAAGGUAUAGAUUUCCUGCUGAGCCAAACCAACUUGGUGUAUUUAUAAGUGGGAGCCCUAUAGCCCAGGGGUAGGCAACCUAAGGCCCAUGGGCCGGAUGCGGCCCAAUCGCCUUCUCAAUCCGGUCCACGGACGGUCCGGGAAUCAGUGUGUUGUUACAUGAGUAGAAUGUGUGUUUUUAUUUAAAAUGCAUCUCUGGGUUAUUUGUGGGGCAUAGGAAUUCGUUCAUCCCCCCCCCAAAAAAUAUAGUCUGGCCCACCACAUGGUCUGAGGGAUGGUGUACCGGCUGGAAAAGGUUGCUGACCCCUGCUAUAGCUGGUGUGUCAGAACAGACUAAUUCAGUUCAGUGAAGUUUACUGAAUUAUCUAAAGAUCCCUGAACUAUGUAAAGGAGCCCCCUGUAAUUGCUGGGUGAAUGGAAUGUGACUAAAUUCAUUUGCAGCUAGAACUUUGAACAGUUUCUAAGUUCAUCCCCUUACAUGUUUUGUUUUUUAAAAACUAUUUAAGCUCUUUGGGAUUCUUUUACUUGAAGAAAUGUAAUUGUUGGGCAAAAAAUUUAAGCAUUUAACUGUAGGUGUUUGUUUUUAUGUUAGUCUUGUGAGGUUCAGGUCCACACUUGUAACAGUCUUCUUAAGUGUAUUUCAUCCUUCAGCACAGCACAUUGUAAUAUUCUCUCUCUCUCUCUCUCUCUCUCUCUCUCUCUCUCUCUCGCCGGGAGUUAUUUGGAUGACCUCAAACUGUGAACUGGUUAUUUUUGUAAAGAAACAAACAUGAACAGGAAUUAGUUCCUCUUUGGACACGAUACACUUGAAUUGAUUAUUAUUUUUCAAUGAACUUUCCAUGCUCUGCCUGCAACACAGGAGAAAAGAGGCCCAAAUUCUUCAUCCUGUUCUGCUGGGACUCAGAGCUCUUAUCUGCAUGAUCUUAUCUGCAUUUUCAGAGCUCAGCCCUGAUGAAGAGUCCUCAUCCUCCACCCACACUUUCCUUUCUGACCUUCGUUCUAGAGAUGUAUUAUGUUGUUUAAUCCCACUUCAGAUCAGACCUAAGUCACAAAGGGGGGGCUGGAGACUAAAUGCGAGCAGGCUGUCCCUUCUCAUUGCCAGAGAUUCUGGUUUGUUACAAAAUAGAUGCCCAAACGCCAUGCCUAAAUGGGCCCAAUAAAGCACAAUUAAAUUGCUGUUAAGGCUUUAAGGCAAUUGUGCCUUUAAUUAAAAGCUUCCUUUUUGCAGGUUCUUCCUUUUUAUCCUGUUCAGUGCAGUUGAGGACUUAAUGUUGACGUGCCCCUUAACUGCCUUUAAUUUGUAAGCUGGUGUCUCCUGCAUAAAGGUAAAGGGACCCCUGACCAUUAGGUCUAGUUGUGGAUGACUCUAGUUGCGGUGCUCAUCUAACUUUACUGGCCGAGGGAGCCGGCGUACAGCUUCCAAGUCAUGUGGCCAGCAUGACUAAGCCGCUUCUGGUGAACCAGAGCAGCGCACGGAAGUGCUGUUUACCUUCCCGCCGGAGCGGUACCUAUUUAUCUACUUGCACUUUGACGUGCUUUCGAACUGCUAGGUUUGCAGGAGCAGGGACCAAGCAAUGGGAACUCACCCUGUCGCAGGGAUUCGAAUCGCCGACCUUCUGAUCAGCAAGCCCUAGGCUCUGUGGUUUAGACCACAGUGCCACCCACGUCCCACCCGUGUCUCCUGCAUAGAGGAGGGCAAUUUCACAUCCAAAGACAAUGUCGACAAUUUUGUACCUUUCAUAUAUAAAAUAAUUUCAAAUCUAAUUCAGAAAUAGACUGGGAUCCUUUACCACAUAAAAUGUUCUUUGAGCUCAGAAUCCAAAGAAAGGAUAAGUAAUGGGAUCUUCUGAUCUUCCAGAUCAUGCUGUUUCUCAUGAGCAUGUGGAACUGCUCUGUGACUAGGCUGCAGAUUUAGAUCAGAGGUUCCCAAACUUAUUUGACCUACCACUGACUUUGCGGGGUGUGUGUGUGUGGAAAUCCUACCUUCUUUAAGUGAAGAAACAGAAAGAUGUAGUGACAAAAUUGCGUUCUUUUAUGCAUCUAUAUUUCUGCCUACAUCCUAAGAUAUAGUAAAGAAAGAUGUUUUAAAUAAGACACCUUGAAGCUUGGAAUUCUAAAAUCAUUUAUUAAAACCAACCAUAGUAACAUUCACAUUGCACACUGAAAAUUAAGAUAACAAAGAUAAUAUUGAAAGACAUUAUCCCCAUCCCACAAUGGUGCCCAACCUAGCAGUGAGGGUCAUUACGCAACAGAUGAAUCAUGUAUGAAUGGUUUUUCAAAAUGUUCUCUUCUUUAUGCUUCCACGGCCCCCUUAUUUUUAUUCAGUUCCCCCUAAUUGCACCCAAGGCUACUGCCUCGCCCCUGGAUUGUUCCAGUGCCCCCCGGGGGGGUGGGUGGCAUCACCCACUGAUUUAGAUCCUGAUAUGAGCCAAGGGAAGUAGAGUGGCUGUUGCAUAUACACUGUUGCAUAUUCUCCCUCUCGCAUAUACACAGAUUUCCUUUCUCUCUCCUAGUGAAACCCAGUCCACCCAUUGACUUCCGCUUUGAGGAGAAGAGCAACAACCAGCUGCUACUGUCUUGGGGUUCAGCCAGCCCCAAAAACCACUGCUUGGAGCAUUAUAUCACGUAUAAAAGCAACAAGGACAAAAAAUGGCAGGUACUGGUGUUAUCUCAGUUGGGAGGGCUAAGUGCAGAUUUGCCUUGACCUUCUGAUGUGGAAGCCACAGCCCCCCCCCCAUUAUAAAAUAUUGUUAUACGGGGGGUUGGGGGUGGGGUGUGUGGCAAGGAUCCCUUCAACUCCUGGGUGCUAGAUCCUCCCUAUAAUUCCUGGUUAUAGUAAAAGUUGGAAUUGAUUAAUAGAAGGUUUGAUUAAGCUGUGCCAAACUCUGCUGGAUCUGGCUUAGGCAUAGUUAGCUGAGUGUGGUUUAUUGGAGGAACAAAACCAAUAAUGGCAGAGUCAUUAGCCCCUCAAGAAAGCCAUUAGGAGGGUGGAGACUAUGCCAAGCAAGGAAGGGUGGGCCCCUCUUUCAGCUGUGUGUAGUGGGCAGAGAAAAGGGUCAGACAUGAAUCAGAGGCUGCAGCAAUGGAAGGAACAGGACCUGCUUGGGAUGUGAAUGCUCUGCACUCCCUCCAUCUAGGCUCAGGCUGUAUAUACGAGUAAAUAAACCAUAUACCAUAAAGAUGCCACAGUCUCCACUGUGUGUCUUUGUCUAAAAGGAAACACAGCCUCUGGUAAGUGCCCCUGGUGCCCCUGGGAUCUCACACCACUUGGAGACUGGGGUGGUGUGUGUAACAAUACAAUUCCUCAUUUGGUAAGCAUUUCCCAGUUGUGCUCCUUGCCCAAACUAAAUCUUCUCUUUUCUUCAGAGCCCAACUCUCAUAGGAACAGAUUAAUCUCUCCCUUUAGGCGUCUCUCUGUUUCUCAUUUUUCCUGUCUAAAGUUCAGCUCUUCACCUUUCCUCAGCAGUGUAUGGAGACCCAUAGCUGCUUCCAGCGAGAUUUCAGGGUGGCCCAUGGAAUCUUGCAGAGUUCUCAUGAGAUUUCACAGGGCUCUCAUGAGAUCACUGGUCAGCAAGGCUUCAGCCAGGGUGCACUCAGGGCGGCACUUUCCUGUUUCAUCUCAGGCAGCAAAAUGUUCUGGGCCGCCCCUUGUGAUGGUGAGUUCCAUAGUUGUAACUCUCCUCUCUGUGAAGAGGUGCUUUUAUUUUGUCCUGGACCUUCCAAUGUUCAGCUUCACCAGACAGCCCCAAGUUCUAAUAUUAUAUGAGAGGAAGAAAAGAUGUGUCCUCUGCACUGCAUAAUCAUAUAAACUUGUAUCGUGUCUUCUCUUGCCAACUAUUUCUCUGAACUAAAAAGCCACAAAUGUUGAAACCUUUCCUCACAGAGAAUUGCUCCAUCCCCUUGAUCAUUUUACUCAGUUGCGGGGGAAGAGCUGCUGGGUUUCACUUGAGGCUGAUUGGGGGAGGCACCAAGGGCGGGGGGGUGCUGCUGCUGCUUUCUGUGCCAAGUGCACAUUUACCUCUCUGGCAUUCCCUUUCAGGAGGUGAAGACCAAUGAUAUGAAGUACAGCGUAGCCAGUGUGGAUCCCAAAAAGCUCUACACGUUCUAUGUCAAGUCUAAAGUAAGGUCUGUUUGUGCAACCACAAACUUUUGGAGCGACCCAGCCGGUCCUUUAUUCUGGGGGAGAAAAACCACCAGCGAAGGUACAGAAGAUCUUUCUUUUAUUGUUGGGCAGUCUGUGUUCUGGUAUGAUGCUGGAAUCCACAGAGGAUGAAUCAGGUAUAGGAGACUAUGGAGAGGGAGUUCUGACUGAACAAGAGUUGGGAGCAGAAUGAACCUCUGUAUCCUGACCUCCUCCUUGAGGCUUCACCUCCUUGAAGAGAACAGAGAAUCCUUGAAGGGCCCAGCCCUCUAGCCAGGGCUGGAUUAACCAUUGAUCAAAAUAAGCACUGCUUAGGGCAUCAAGGGAAAGGGGGGGCACCAGAGAAAUUUUCCAUUGCCGGACUUACCAUGGACCAUAUGGUGCAGCUGGAAAAAAACAAAAGACUCCCACAAUAAUGAAAAAAAAAACACACACAAAAUAAUAAAAAUAAUACUGAAACAAUAAUAAUAGAGGUUAAUGAUAUAGAUUGAUCCUGGGAAUGCAACAAAAUUAGAGUCUGCUAACUAUGGUAGUAAACUGCCACUCGCUCCACUGAGACUCACAUGAUCAUUCAGAAUAGCAGUAACAAUGAAUUGCACAUUUAUUCAAAAACCCACUUAAAACUAUUUGCUGUAAUUAAUUCAGCAGAACAGAUGAACUUGAUCCAGUGAUAACGGCUUUUCAAAGUCUGGCAGUCAUUUAACAAGAAAUCUUAGAUGCCACACUGAGUUACUGCUUCAUUGCUCAGUCCAUUCAUAAUGCGAUGGAUGGGCUUGAUGAUGGGGUGCCAGUUUCCCAAUGCCUGAUUCAAAGCCAUAGUAGAAUCAUAGAAUGGUAGAGUUGGAAGGGAUAGCUCAGCUGGUAGAGUAUGAGACUCUUAAUCUCAGGGUUGUGGGUUCGAGCCCCAUGUUGGGGAAAAGAUUCCUGCAUUUCAGGGAGUUGGACUAAAAUGACGCUCAUGGUCUCUUGAGACUCUGCAAUUCUAUGAUUCUAUGCAGGAAAGUCACUUAGCAGGAAUCUUAAACCAUCACCUUCCCUGCUACCCCCUGAGUGAGUUGUGCUGGUUGCUGAUUUGCUAUAGGGUAAGGUUCAAGGCCAUUUUCCUGAUUCAAAAAGCCCUUAGCAACUUGGUCCCAAAGGACCUUAAAGGCUCACUGAUUUCUUACACUCUACUUCAACCACUGAGAUCUUCCUGGUGGUUCCAGAAGCCCUGUGCUCUUGUUGGCCUUAGCCAGAGACCAAGCCUUUGGUGUGGCAGGCCAUGCCCUGUGGAACUCCCUGCCAAUAGAGGUUCGGCAGAAACAAUCCCUGCCUUCUUUAAGAUAUCCCCUGAAAACUAUAUUGUUUAGAUAAGUCUUUGUAAUAAGAAUUUCUCUUUUUAACCCACCAGCAUUUAUUGAUGUGUUUAGUGAUGCUUUAAGUGACAUCUUUCUGAAUUUAUUAUAACUUUGUACGUUGUAUAUCGCCUUGCUCUAUAUUUAUGGAAGUGCAGAUUAUAAAUCAUUUAGUUACCUGGAAACUGAGGUUUCUACAACUAAAAUGGAUUAAAGUGCCUAGCACAACAAAUCCAUGUUUUUUCCUUUUGAAAAAAAAAAUAUACCGUAUGUUUCUGUGUAUAAGACAUGGGGUUUUUUAAACCAAAAAUUAGGUUUAAAAUUGGGGCUCGUCUUAUACACGGGUAGUGCUGAGGGGUGUUUUCUUAAUUUGGAGUCCCCAAAAAUAGGGGGCGUUUGGGAAGGUGAUUGGGAAAUGCAUCAUAAAGUGAGAAAAUUGUUAAUGGGAAAAUGUCUAAGAGAUAUAAAGACAGUGCAAGCAAGUCAGGGUGAAAGCAAGAUGAGUGAUUUUUGCCAUAUGACUUCCCUGCGAAUAAAUAGGAAUAAAUGCUUAAUAAAGCCCAGAUGUAAUCUAACCUCCAAGGAAGCUUUGUGAAAGUGAAUCAUGACAAAUGCUGAUUAAACAGGUUGUCUGGAGAAGCCCCUAAAGUUGCUGGAAACUGUAGCAGCUGAACUUGCAGAUACACACACACACACACACACACACACACCCUAAACAGGAUUGUUCCAUAAAAAGAAAUAUUUAUAAUCAUUCAACCCUUCCACUCAUCUUAUAAAAUGCAGUUUGAAAAAUAAUGGGUGGGAGAAUUAAAGAGAUCUGAUAUUGCUUGCUUCUCCAUGGGGGCGAUGAGCUGAGAAAGAUGUAGGGAGGGGGAGGCCUUUUUCCGAGGGGUGUUUCACAAAUAUAAAAACAACCGCUGUUUCAAUUCUAAUUCAAAACAGUGGAUUCUGAAGGGCUUUUCAAAAGUAUGCAGUACUGCCCUCUACUGGGCACUAUGGGGCCUGCAACUUCUAAGAUCCAUGUUUGAGAUUAAAAGUGCUUCCAGAUGCUCUUGUUUAUAGAGCUUUUGAGUUUGGUUUGGUUUUGCAAGGAGGUAAUAAUAAUAAUAAUACUUUUAUUAUUUGUACCCCACCCAUCUGACUAGGGACUCAGCUAUACAGCUGCAAAUAUAAUGUUUUAAGUGCAUUAUACAAAUGUGACACUAGAUGGCAAUGGUGAGCUUAAUGACAAAUUCAAUGCACUUUUAAAAAAAGAAUUUUCACAGCUUUUAUAUAUGUCUGUGUGUCUAGAUUCUACCUGGGUUGCCCCAGCCACUCUGGAGGGCUUCCAGCAUGUAUUAAAACAUAGUAAAACAUUUAAAAACUUCCCUAAAUAAUAAUACAGUGGUGCCUCGCAAGACGAAAUUAAUCCGUUCCGCGAGAGUCUUCGUCUAGCGGUUUUGUCGUCUUGCGAAGCAACCCUAUUAGCGGCUUAACGGAUUAGCGCUAUUAGCGGUUUAGCGGCUAUUAAAGGCUUAAAGGCUUAGCGGAUUAGCUGCUAAAAGGCUAUUAAAGGCUAUUAAAGGCUUAGCAGAUUAGAUAAAGGGGGCGAAAAGCGGAAAAAAAAAUCUCAAGACUUGCAAGACAUUUUCGUCUUGCGAAGCAAGCCCAUAGGGAAAUUCGUCCUGCGAAGCAACUCAAAAAUGGAAAACCCUUUCGUCUAGCGGGUUUUCCGUCUUGCGAGGCAUUCGUCUUGCGGGGCACCACUGUAUAAGUCAAGUUAUAAGUCAAGCCACUGCCAUCUCAAAAAACGUCCAAUCUUUAGGGGAAGGCGAAAACGGUUUUGUUGAGCAAGAGCCCCAAAUCAGAUUUAAUAAUUGUGCAACCUAAACUUUGCAGUAGGUGAUGGAGUCCCACCUUGAAAGAGUCUGCAAGUGCUCCCAACAAAUGACAGAUCCCUAGGAUGCCUCCUUGUUGGCUGAGGCCCACCUGCAAGCUGCAGCAGUGGGACAUGGCCUACCUUUCUGGAGCAACUGCAGAGAGACACCUCUGUUUCCCUAGCGGCACUUGGCUUUAAGCCAGAAAUUGGGCAGGAAAGCUGUGGGACCGGAGUUUUCAGAGGCCUGUAUUGCUGUGUUUGACUGGCUACCCAGCCCCUCCAGGAACAACACAGCCUCCAACAUUCCUUGGAUGAGAAUAAGGACAUUCUAUUUUACAUCAGCAUCACUGAUUGAGUAUCUUCUCUUGGUCAGGUACAAAAGUUAUUUAAGGAUACAUACAAAACUGUGGAAUUUAGGGGAGCCUGAGGGAAGAAGAAAACCCCCAAUCAGUAAAUACAACUAGCUAGCAGUGAUACUGAUGUAGAACAGAAGCUACUUCCCUCUUUUCAUCUGAGGAAUGUUGGAUGGUAUGGAACAAUGUCCCUCGUCUAGGCAGCUCCAGUGACCUAGGGAAGGUAGGGAGAGGCAAUGUGAGGCUAUUCCUCUUUCUCUGGGGCAUGCUUUCUAACGCCCAGGCUUGUCUCACUCAGAUGACCCUCCGGUCUCAAUCUGGAUACAGAGAAUCAUCAUCCCUGUAGGUUCUGUCCUCCUCCUGCUUCUCCUCCUCUUGAUCCUAAUGCGCAUGGAGAGGUAAGUUGAGCAAUCAGACUAGACCCAUGGCUGACUUUGCUUUGUGGGACAUGGGGGGACAGCCUAGCUGGCAACUGGGAACAGCUCACCAGUAAAGACGGUUGGUUUCCCCAUGCUUGCUCUCUCAUCUCUGUUCUAUCCAAAAUGGCUCAGAAGGUGAAUGAUGUUCUGUGACAAGCAAAUGUUGGCAACUGAGGAUCAUGGAUGGCUAUCAUCCAGAUCCCCACGUUUCAGAGGCCAUUAGCUGCUAGUGCCUCUGCUGGGAGCUCCGGGAUUGGCUUGAACAACUGAGCAGCCUUUCCCAAACCUGAUGCCCUCCAUAUACAGUGGUGCCCCGCAAGACGAAUGCCUCGCAAGACGGAAAAACCGCUAGACGAAAGGGUUUUCCGUUUUGAAGUUGCUUCACAGGACGAAUUCCCCUAUGGGCUUGCUUCGCAAGACGAAAAUACCUUGCGAGUCUUGAGGUUUUUUUUCCGCUUUUCCCCCCCUUUAUCUAAUCUGCUAAGCCUUUAAUAGCCUUUAAUAGCCUUUUAGCAGCUAACCCCUAAGCCUUUAAGCCUUUAAUCGCCGCUAAACCGCUAAUAGCGCUAUUAGCGCUAAUCCGUCAAUGGGCUUGCUUCGCAAGACGAAAAAACCGCUAGACGAAGACUCUCGCGGAACGGAUUAAUUUCGUCUUGCGAGGCACCACUGUAUUUUGGACUACAACUCCCAUCAUCCCUAGCUAACACCAGGGUGGUGGGAGCUGAAGUCUGAAGUAUCUAGAAGGCCCCAGUUUGUGGAAGGUCCCAGUAGGGGAACUGACCAUGUCAUCUGUCAUCAAGGACAAUCAGCAGCAGCAACAGCAGCUGAACAACAGAUGGAGGGGGGUGUACAGUACUUCAGAUUUCUUGGCACGGUUUCAAAAGCAUUUUAAGAGCAAACAAAAAUGAGCCUUAAAAAAUAAUGUGCCACAAAAAACAAAUUUCAUUUUGAGUGUUUUUGCUGCAGACCGAAGGCUAGUUUAAAAAGAAAAACUGGUGCUUGCAGAGCACUGACUUCACUGCUAGCAGCAGAGAAAAAGGGCUUGUCAGUUUGCUCUGUUGCCGCUCAGCCAGAAUGAUUUUCAGUACACGAUGAGGUCACUUUUUCCAUACACAUCUCAUCACAGACUGAAAACCAAUCCAGCUCUAUGACGGAACACAGUUCACUGAGUGGCCAGGACUGACUUUUAUGAAUGAGCCCCACAAAUAAGGCUGAUGUUCUUGGAAAGAUCAACAGUGCCACCUUGCUGGGGAUGGUCGUUGGUUUGGCUCUCCAGGCAACAUUCCCUUAGAGGGAGAACUCUUUGCAAUUCUGGGCCUAGUAUCUCUCAGAACAAUAAAGAGAAGACCCCCACCUCUAAUCAAUUUAACUUCCCCACAGAGUUUGGCUGGUACUGAUGCCCAGGAUUCCCAACCCCAGGAAUAAAUUUGAAGAUCUUUUUACUGCGCACCAAGGCAAUUUCUCGGUAAGAAACUGGGCUAUGUAGACUCUAUCCUCUUGAAAUAAUCUCCCAGGUCAGAAGCCCUGCCCCACAUGACUAUAACAUUGCUAGGAAAGGGGCAAGGGGCAUGCCUCUGCCCCAGAUAUUUUUUUCAGUGCUGCAAGUGUUUCUGAGUGGGUGAAUGAUUUUGGGAGCAAUUUUAUUGUGGGUGAUCUUGGCUAGGAUAUUAAUUUGGGGAAAACAUUAAUUUAAGGACACAUUACCUAUUUAUGAUUUGGGGAGGUAAUCAGGGGUAAUUUAAAGGUAAAUUGGAUUUAUUUGGACAGGUUCUGUUGGGAAAUCAAUUGGGGGGGGGUUAAAGGAAUUAAAAUGCACUGUCCCAGGGAGGAGUGAAACUUAAUUGAAGAACAUGCCUGUGAUCAUUUAGAUGGGAAAUUUGGUAGCUUGCGUUCUGCAACAUUUGAAGUCAGAAUUUGCAUCUCUGCAUAGAGAGAUGGUAAAAUGCCUGCAGAGGACUGACUUGGCCAAGCCUCAGAUAACUGGAGGCUCUAAGGCUUGCAGAAUCUCAGAGUCUAGUUUUGCAAGCAUACUGUCUGUGCACAACUAUAUCUCUACAUUGUGGGUGGCAUAGAAAGGCAGAAGAAGAUCAGUGCUUUUGUCUUUUCUGGGCCAUCACUUGAGCAAGUGAAGAAACUGCCCAGCCCAGAAGGAAAGCCAUGGAGGCAGGCAUAGCAGAGUGGGUUACCUCAUUUCAUUCUCAACAUUUUCUUUCCCUGCAGGAAUGGGCAGGUGUCUCCAAGGAUGCAGUGGAGAGCUUCAAGCCCAACUAUCGCGAAAGCAUUUGCUGUGUCAGCGAGCUGUUCCCUGGUGGGGGCUAUUUACCCAUCUGCAACAAUGCCAUGGGCAAGGCUGGAGGAGUGGCUGGCAUUCCUGCAGACCCUACCCUCAAGGUCAACAUCGAGUAGGGCCCGUGGAACAGCCACUUGUGGGUCUGUCAUGCUCCCUGGCUAGGAGCUUCUGAGGCUAUUGCCCGUCUUUGUAGAGAACCUUCCCCCAAAAGCAUUGACCCCUUAGAAAUCCUUGAUCCCUCAGCCAGCCCAUCUAUAGAUACAGCCCUGCCAAGUGUUCUCUUACGUCUGCAGGCUUAGGAACAGGGUUUAAGGUCCUUCUUUCUCCAGCACUUGCCCUUUUCCACCCCUUAUCUUUCCUCUGCUUGGCCUCCAAGCUGCUUUUGUUUUCAGUUUAGCUUAUUUGGUGCUAACAGCACAUUUGCACAGUAUGUCCAAAACACACUCAUCACACAUUUGAAGCACAUAACUUUCCCCCCCAAAAUACUGCGAACUGUGGUUUCCCCUGCACAGAGCUAUACAAACUAUAGCUUCCAUGAUUCUUAAGGGGGAAGUAGUGUGCUGUUAAUGUAUGUUGUGGAUCAACCCCUCUAGCCCUCAGGUACAUUGUAGGGUUAUCAAGUCUUCCACAGUAUACAUAAUAUUCACAAUAUGCAUGCACACAAAUUGUGCCUUAUGAAGUAAGAAUAUAACAAAACAGGUGAAUGCUCAGAAGCAGUUGGAAAAUGCAUAGUUUUAACUCUGAAUUCAUCUUCCCUUUAAUCGCUUUGGCCUGGUUUUGAUGGCUAUGGAGAAGAACUUGGCCACAUUUUCUGUACAUACCACACAUUUAAAGCACAUGCUUUCCCACAAAGAAUCCUGGGAACUAGUUUCUUAUGGGUGCUGGGGUGGAGGUAAUUACAGUUCCCAGAAUUUUUUUUGCAGAAAGCCAUGUGCUUUGGAUGUGCUUUCGGUUUAUAGUGUCUCUGCAGCCUUAGGUUUGGAGUUGGCCGUUAAAAAAAGAAAGAGAGAAUUCUCCAGAGGCUGUGUAUGAACACUGUACCUUUGAAGCACAUUCGAAGCUCAUUCUUUCCCUCAAAGAAUUCUGGGCAUUGUAGUUUGUUUAGGGUUACUGGGAGUUGUAUCUCUGUGAGGGGUAAACUACAGUGCCAAGAAUUCUUUGAGGGAAAGAAUAUGCUUUGAAUGUCCUUUCAAGAUAUAAUGUGUAGAGGAAUUAUUGAGAAGAUAAAUUGGGAUCUUUUAGUCCUAUAAAAUAUGGAGGAUAGAAUAACAUGUGGAUAAGACACUGACAUAGCAGCUUUGGUGAGGGAAAACUCUCAGGCGUCAUCUGUUUCUAUUCCAACCCAUGAAAUUUCUGUUGUCCUUCUUCCUGCUGUGCACCGCUGCUUCUGCUUCCUCUGAUGACCAUAUGCAGACACAUCACUAUUAUGCCUAAUAAAAAGGAUUGAUUUGCCUCAUUAUUUCUCUCUGGCGCAUCCUUACAGUCCUGCUACUCAUAUAACUAUGCAGCCCAGGGUGGCAUUAAGGCUGUGUUCACAUGUUUACUAUCCAUCCAGUGCACUCCCACCACUGGUCUGGGAAGCAAUUGUAGGCUGCCAUCUGUCUUGAGAGACAAUUGAGUGUGCCUCUGUGUGUGAAGCCAAACGACUGCUUUAGUGACAUGAAAGAGACCUCCCUGGAGCACAAGCCUGGGCAGUGGGUAUGGAAGUGCCGGGCUGCCCAUCACUUGGGCUUGGAGGAGGGUGGGGGAACUUGAAUGUGGCCUGAAGAGAAGUCCACUGUUAUGUACCAAGCUUGGAUCCUAGAACAAUAGGUAGGUAGGAUCCUAGAAUGCAACAACUGAUUGGCCUGCAGGAGAAGACCAAUCAGGCUCCAGGAGGGAAGCAGAAUCAGCCAGUCAGACGGGACUCAUUGUGUAAAUAAUGUAUAUAAAAGCCUGAGGUUUGGGGGACAAUUCAAUCACUGUUUUACAAGCUGCAAUAAAGAGCAUGAAAUC